AUGCAAUCAUGUACGAUAGAAACAUGUCUAAUACAAUGUCGUAAUGCUUAUUUUCAAUGUCAAACAAAUCCUCCUGUUGGACACGUUUCAGCACAAUGCUUACCAUCUGUUAGUCCCUUGUACAAUUGUCAAUGUGAUUGCUGUAUUUCCAGUUCUACUACUUGUAUACCCAGUUUCGUAGGUUAUAGUACUACGUAUCAAUGCCAACCAAGUGCCUGUGGUAUAUCUUGCUCUGCACAAUAUCCAUUUCAAUGUGUAUGGAAUCAAAAUGGACGAAUAAGUGGUACGUGUACAGGUUCUAUCACAACAACAACAUCCACAACGACAAUUAGUAGAGCAACUAAUGCUCCUGGUUCAACUUUGACUUGUUCAUGUAUGUGUUGUCAGUCGGGUUCAAAUUGUUUACCAAAUAUCGAUGUAGGUAUAGCUACAAUAUCCCAAUGUUCCUCGGUGACUUGUACGCAAGCAUGUCAAAAUCAAUACGUAGCACUUUGCCCAUCAUUAAUCUAUUUGGGUCAAACGAAUGGUUCAUGCAUAACUCAGAAUAGUGGAAAUACACGUUGUCAGUGUCAAUGUUGUACAACAAAUGGAUGCCCAACUUCCACGAUAAAUACUAAUGGAGAUUGUGCAUCAUGUUAUACAUUAUGUCAACGACAAUCCCCUUGUGGUAGUGCAAAGCCUGUCGCAUACUCUUGUACUAAAAACAAAUCAAAGAUAUCGGCGGGAUUUUCUCUUCCAAUGAUUAUUUUGAUAUCAAUAAUGUUGUUACUAUAA